AUCCCCGAAGAGAAUCGGAGAGAGAAAGAAGCAAGCGUGGGAGUCAGAAAAUAUCGUGAAAGAGUCAUUACCAAAGUUCUCUAGGUGUUCCGUCUUCCUCCUUGCUGGUCUGUGCCUGAGUCUUGUGAUCAAUACCAUGGACAGCGCCCGCGCCGUGACUCCAGGGCGCCUGGACGCAGCGGGAUUCUGGCAGGUCUGGCAGCGCUUUGACGCGGAUGAAAAAGGUUACAUAGAAGAGAAGGAGCUUGAUGCUUUCUUUCACCACAUGUUGAUGAAACUGGGUACUGAUGACACCAUCAUGGAUGAAAGUCUGCAAAAGGUGAAACAGCAGUUUAUGGCUUCCUACGACAUCUCUAAGGACGGUCAUGCACAGAUGAAAGAGCUUUCCAGCAUGUUCUUGUCCGAGGAUGAAAACUUUCUUCUGCUCUUUCGUUGGGAAACCCCCUUGGACAGCAGUGUGGAGUUUAUGCAGAUUUGGCGCAAAUAUGAUGCUGACUGCAGUGGCUUUAUAUCAGCUGCUGAGCUUCGAAACUUCCUCCGAGACCUCUUCCUUCACCACAAAAAGGCCAUUUCCGAGGCUAAGCUGGAAGAAUACACUGGCACCAUGAUGAAGAUCUUUGACAAAAAUCAAGAUGGCCGGUUGGAUCUUAAUGACUUGGCAAGGAUUUUGGCUCUUCAGGAAAACUUCCUUCUCCAAUUUAAAAUGGAUGCUUGUUCCACUGAAGAAAGAAAGAGGGACUUUGAGAAAAUCUUUGCUCACUAUGAUGUUAGUAAAACUGGAGCCCUGGAAGGCCCAGAAGUGGACGGGUUUGUCAAAGACAUGAUGGAACUUGUCAAGCCCAGCAUCAGCGGGGUGGACCUUGAUAAGUUCCGGGAGAUACUCUUGCGUCACUGCGAUGUAAACAAGGAUGGAAAAAUUCAGAAAUCUGAGCUGGCUUUGUGUCUUGGGCUGAAAAUCAACCCAUAAUUCCCAGGUUACUUUGCCUUUUGCUCUUAUUGUGUUCCUGUACCCCUGCUGGUAAAAUUGUAUCUGUGCUGUGCUGUUGGUGGACAUAGUGGGCAAACCUUCUAACAAAGGGUGUGGUAUUCUUGGGCAAGGGCAGGAAAGCUAAGGCCUCUCUUCCCACGGAUGGUGGAUGGUGUGUUCCCGCCUCACUGAAAGCUCCCCACGCAGUGUUUGUGUCGUUUCCCCUCUUGAUCCCUCCCAUCCACACAAAGGCUCAGCUAACGUGAUGAAUCUGCUCUGCUUGUCCUCCCCCAGUCACCAGGCAGGCAGGGGCAGCUGAGUCCAUUCAUCUCGUGCUCUUCUGGUGGGCUUUAUGCUGAAUCUGAAUGGUAUGUGAUAUCCGUGGCAGUUCAUGACAUCUAUAAAUAGAUUUUGAUGUUAAAUAAAUGUGUAGCUGGAAACAAA